AAUAAAAAAAAAACUAUUACAUCCAAUAAUGUUUUGUUUCAGCAGCCAUCUUUGAUUCAAACCCGAGUAGAUUGCAAACUCACUGCCAGAAGUGUUUGCUUACUUUUCUUCUUCCUUCCUCAAAUGAACAAACACUAAACUAUAAAUGUUGGAUUAGCAACAAAAAACAAAAAUUUAGCAACAAAAAAAAUAUUAGCAACAAAAAAAAUGAAGUUUGGGAGAGAAUUAGCUGCAGAAAUGGUGCAAGAAUGGCAAGAAGCAUACAUGGACUACAAGCAUCUCAAGAAGCUUCUAAAAGACAUCUUCACAUUCCGUCACCAUAACAACAACAACCAUGCACCGUCGUUUUCGACGCGUAAAAGUUUUCGCAAGAGGAAGAUAAUGCACCGGGUCUUCAGCGGGCUAACGGGCCGGCCCGGAAGCUCGCCAAGGAAGAGCAGCAACGAUCAUGAGGUCAUCUUAGUCGGGCCGGUGGAGAAGGAGGGCUCUGUGAUUUAUUACCAGACGAUGUUCUUGAGAUCUUUCGAAGAAGGUUCCGAAUUCGAGCUCGUGUUUUUCAAGAAACUCGACGAGGAGUUCAAUAAGGUUUUGAGGUUUUACGAGACGAAAGUUGAGCAAGUUAGAGAAGAAGCUAAGGAGUUGAACAAACAAAUGGACACACUUGUUGCUUUGAGGAUUAAAGUGGUUGAUGAUGAUAAUAUUUUUGUGGAGGAUCAAUUUGAUCAAGAAAUAGGUGUUAGUAAUAUUAAUAAUUCAUCUCCUUUUUCUUCAUUCAAUUCCAAGAAUCAAGGAAGAGUAAGUAUGGAUGUAAUUGAAGAAGUUGAGAUGAGCAAUGAACAAAAGAAACCUCAGAUGAACAAGAAUGGGACUAAAAGUUUUCGUGAAUUCUUGAACGAAACGAAUGAAGGUGGAUUUAGUUUGGAUGUAAUUCAAGAAGUUGAAAUAAGCAAUGAGGAGGGUAAAAGUACUUUUAAGCAAUCUCCGAAAAAAGAUUUGGAUCAUGUAAAGAUCAAUGUCGAACCAGAUACUCCCGUUUCGACUUUAAGAACCGUGAUUAUGAGUUCGUCAAAACCGAGUCUGUCGUUUAGUAAAGACGAGCUUCGAAAAGCAGAGGAAAAACUUAAACGGGCCUUCGUGGAAUUUCACCACAAACUUCGACUUCUCAAAAGCUACUGUUUAAUGAAUACGCUUGCUUUCACAAAGAUUAUGAAGAAAUACGACAAGACCACUUCAAGAAAUGCUUCGACAUCUUACUUAGCGAUGGUUGAUCAAUCUUUUCUUGGCAGCUCCGACGAGGUUAAUAGUCUCAUAAAGAGAUUAGAAGCCUCAUUCAUUAAGCACUUCACAAACGGAAAUCGAAGAAAAGGAAUGAAAUUCUUGAGACCGAUCGAUAAAAAGGAGAAGCACUUAACCUCGUUUUCUACCGGUUUAUUCGCCGGUUGCUCUAUAGCACUAAUCGGGGGUAUAAGCGUCUCGUUACACGCACGAGAGCUUUUAGAUCACGAAGGAAGAGGCCAAUAUAUGGACAAUAUAUUCCCACUAUAUAGUUUUUUCGCAUACAUUUUCUUACACAUGGUUAUGUACGGCGCAAACACGUAUUUUUGGAGGCGAUUUCGUGUGAAUUACCCUUUUAUAUUCGGAUUCAAACAAGGGACGGAAUUGGGAUUUCGAGAAAUCCUUCUUCUUGCUUCCGGAAUAUCUGUUCUUACAUUCUCUGCUGUACUGUCUACCCUCGACAUGGAUAUGGACCCCGAAACGCAAAGUUUUCGGACAAUAGCGGAGCUGGUCCCACUCAUUCUAGUUGCCGUUGUGCUUGUUAUUACAUUCUGCCCUUUGAAUAUUAUAUACCGUUCGAGCCGUUUCUUUCUCAUUCGAUCUGCAUGGCGUUGUAUUUGUGCUCCUCUGUACAAGGUUGCAUUUGUCGAUUUCUUUUUGGCGGAUCAAUUAACGAGCCAAAUCCAAGCGAUAAGAAGUUUGCAGUUUUACAUAUGUUACUACGGAUGGGGAGAUUUCAAAAGAAGAUCGAAUAAGUGCCUUGAAAACGAAACCUACCAACAUUUUUAUAUAAUCGUCGCCAUUAUUCCGUUUUGGUUGCGUUUUCUUCAGUGCAUUCGAAGACUAGUCGAGGAGAGAAAUGCGAUGCAAGGGCUAAACGGGCUGAAAUAUUUCUCGACGGUGAUUGCACUUGUGAUGAGGACGAUGUUCGAACUUAGGAGACAAACGUUUUGGAGAGUCAUGGCUGCUUCGACUUCCGGAAUUACGACGAUUUACAAUACGUAUUGGGAUAUUGUUAUGGAUUGGGGUCUUUUCCAAAAGAAAUCCAAGAACAAAUUUUUGAGGAAUAAGCUUCUAAUACAAUACAAGUCUGUAUAUUAUGUUGCUAUAGUGGUGAACAUAUUAUUAAGGCUUGUUUGGAUGCAGUUGGUUCUUGAUUUCAACGAAUUGCCGUUUCUGCACAGGAGAGCUAUGGUUACUGUUGUGGCCUGUUUGGAGAUUCUUCGACGUGGGAUUUGGAAUUUUUUCAGGUUGGAGAACGAGCACUUCAACAACGUUGGAAACUAUCGAGCGUUCAAUCCUGUAGCGUUGCCGUUUUACUACGAAGACGAAAAGACGAUGUGACAGUGUGUGUGUGUGUGUAUAUAGAGAGAGAAAUUUUCGAUAGAAAUCUCUUUGCAAGAGAUCGAUAUAUAUUAUUCUUCCUUCUUUUGCAUUGUUUGGAUUUCUUGUUAUUUGUUACAGGCCAAUGGUUUGUAAAAUUGGCAGACUUUGGCUCUGGUUUUAUUUUAUUAUAUAUAUAAAAAAAAAUUCUUUUCA